AUGGCCUCUUACCUCAUUCUAGCGCUAUGCUGCCUUCACGUCUUGACGUCUUCUGCACUCAUAGACCACGACACCCAGGAUCCGUUGAAUCCUAUCCGCAUCAAAGACUCAGUGUCGCCAUCUGACUCCAGUGGCCCCAAUGCAUGUCCUUACUGGCUUGAGGACAUCCCUCACCAGGGCAUUGCAGCCUUCAACCCCCAUCCGAGCAGCUAUCAAGUCUUUCGGAAUGUCAAAGAUUUCGGCGCAAAGGGCGACGGCGUGACUGAUGACACAGCCGCCAUCAACCUGGCAAUUAGUAGCGGGGGCAGAUGUGCUCCAGGAGCAUGCAAAUCUUCUACGACCACACCAGCCGUUGUCUACUUUCCUGCGGGCACGUACAUGAUAUCGUCCUCGAUCAUAGAUUAUUACUACACUCAGAUCAUCGGCAACCCUUACUGCAUACCUACCCUUCGCGCAAAUGUAAAUUUUACGGGGAGUAUCCUGAUCGAAGCGAACGUCAAUGGCAGUUACGAUCCCACCAAUAUCUUCUGGCGCCAGAUUCGCAAUCUCAACAUUGACAUGACUCUGGUUUCCCCGGCGCGGAAAGCGAUCGGCGUCCAAUGGACUACUUCACAAGCCACAAGUCUUCAAAAUCUGAGGAUUUUUAUGAGUGAUGCGAAGGGAACUCGGCACACUGGUUUGGUCAUCUACGAGGGGUCGGGUGGCUUUCUCGGCGACCUAGUGUUUUAUGGAGGGUAUCAAGCCGCCAGGAUCGGCAAUCAGCAAUUCACCAUGAGAAAUCUGACAUUUCAUAAUGCGGUGACUGCAAUACAGAAUACCUGGGACUGGAGCUGGACCUACCAGAACGUCAACAUCAUCAAUUGCUCGACAGGUGUGGACAUGUCUGGCGGAGGCCCGAACCAACAAGGCGUCGGUUCGGUGACCUUCUUCGACUCGAGCAUCACCGACACGCAUGUGGGCAUACUUACCGCGUACAACUCCCCCUCCCGAACACCCGCAGAAGGGAGCUUGGUAUUAGAGAACGUCAAGCUAAAGAACGUCGAUGUUGCUGUUCAAGGGUUGAGCGGGCCCAUUCUUUCUGGCGCAAAGGGCUCUAGCACCGUGACAGUUGCUGCCUGGGGAGAGGGUAAUGUAUUUACGUCUACCGGUGUCAACAAGUUCCAAGGCCCUAUCAGUGCGAACGCAAGACCAGCUUCUCUCAUCAGCGGCGACAAUUACUACGUACGGUCCAAGCCACAAUACGAAACAGUUCCCCCGUCUCAGUUCGUCAGCGCGAGAUCUAUCGGAUGUCGAGGCGAUGGCGUGACAGAUGACACGGCAGUUCUCCAAGCUGCCAUCCUGACCGCCGCCUUUUCCGACAAGAUCCUCUUUAUAGACCAUGGUACGUAUAAGGUCUCAUCGACUGUCUACAUCCCUGCGGGCGCCAAAAUCGUCGGCGAGUCAUUCUCUGUCAUUAUGGGAAGCGGAGGUUGGUUUGCAGACAUGAACCAGCCGUUCCCCGUCCUGCGAGUCGGCCAGCCUGGCGAAAAGGGAUCUGUCGAGCUGUCCGACUUGAUCAUCAGCACCCAGGGAUCCACACCCGGUGCCAUUCUCAUCGAAUACAAUCUCGCUUCCCCAUCCAACUCGCCCUCGGGAAUGUGGGAUGUCCACGCACGGAUUGGGGGCUUCGCCGGCUCAGAGCUAGGCAUCGCGCAGUGCUCGAUCACGCCCCAUGAUGCAACGCCGCCUACACCCAUUAAUGCGAAAUGCAUCGCGGCAUAUAUGACGAUGCAUUUAACCAAGUCCUCGUCUGGUUUGUAUUUGGAGAACGGGUGGCUUUGGGUGGCCGACCACGACCUCGACGACCCCGGACAGAGAAAAAUUACCAUUUACGCGGGUCGUGGACUCUACGAUGAAAGCUUGUCGGGCAAUUUCUGGUUCGUGGGCACCGCGGUCGAGCACCACACUCUGUAUGAGUACCAAUUUGCCAACACGCAAAAUGUUUUCAUGGGCUUAAUCCAGACCGAGACGGCGUACUAUCAGCCCAAUCCACCGGCUUAUUUGCCCUUCCCCGUGAAUCCUGCAAUCAGAGAUCCGAAUUACACGGCGAUUUGCAACUCAGCCAUCUUCGGUCCGCGCAACUGUACUGCGUACGCUUUGCGUAUCCUCGACUCAGGCUCGAUCCUCACCUAUGGCGCCGGGCUGUAUAGCUUUUUUAGCAACUACGACCAGGGUUGUCUGGACACCAGCACGUGCCAGCCGGCCAUCUUCUCGCUUGAAGGGAACAUCUCGAACAUCGGCGUGUAUAACUUGAAUACCGUGGGCACGAGGAAUCUGAUCGUCCGGGAUGGGCGAACCCUGGUUCAAAGGGCCAAGAGUACUUUCUCUGGAUUCACCGAUACUUUGGCACUGUUCAGGAUUUGAUUUUGCGG